AUGCAGAAGUCGGGGCAAGCACACCGGCUCUGGAGCUCGGAAAGGUUGGCCACACAGGCCAGGGAGAGGGGCCGAGUGGACCUGGCGGAGGUGGUGCACGCCAACUGCGUUCGCUGGAGGAAGAAGUUUUCCUUUAUGUGCAAGAUGAGUGCCAGCGCCGCCACGGGCAUCCUCGAUCCUUGUGUCUACCGGGUGUCCGUGAGGAAGGAACUAAAAGGUGGAAAAACUUACGCAAAGCUGGGCUUUGCAGAUUUAAACCUGGCAGAGUUUGCUGGAUCAGGAAACACCACACGUCGCUGUCUACUGGAAGGCUAUGAUACCAAAAAUACAAGACAAGAUAAUUCCAUUCUUAAAGUUUUGAUCAGCAUGCAGCUGAUGUCGGGUGACCCAUGUUUUAAAACUCAGAUGUCGGAGCGGUUGCAGAUGUCGGAGCGGUUGCUCUGGGCGACAUCGGGUCAGUUUUCUGCUCAGCAGUACGUGCGACAGUGGCACGGCCCGAUAGAGCUUUUGGGCUACAAUCUUUAUAGAAACAGACCAUCAGAUCUUUCAGCAAAGAGUGCCUCUGUUCCCGAUGAACUGGGUGCCUGUGGACAUUCCCGAACGUCAAGCUAUGCAAGCCAGCAGUCGAAAGUCUCAGGUUAUAGCUCUUGUCACUCCCGGUCAUCCAGCUUCUCUGAGCUCUGUCACAGAAGAAAUACCUCAGUGGGAAGCACCUCAACAGGAAUUGAAAGCAUCCUCGAGCCAUGUGAUGAAACCGAGCCCCAAGUGGUUGACCCAAAUCCUGACGCGACUGAAAAAGAAGAUACCGCCCCGGAAAAACCCAGCAGACACCCAGUGAAACAAGGUUCCGUGGAGUCGCAGCUGAAGCGAGUGGAUGCCACCCGAGUGGAUGCUGAUGAUAUCGUGGAGAAGAUCCUACAGAGCCAGGACUUCAGCCUGGAUUCCAGUGCAGAAGAAGAAGGACUGAGGCUAUUUGUGGGCCCCGGGGGAAGUACAACCUUUGGCAGUCAUCAUCUUCCAAACAGGGUGGGUUCUGGAGCCUAUGAGCAAGUUGUGAUCAAACGCUAAGUCAAGCUGGCGGAUCAGCUGCUGCCCUGAGACUGGAGGCGUGGGCAGUGGAGCUCUCCAGCCGCUUUGGGCAAGCACGGAGGUGAAAGGGAACCUUUUCAGAAAUGACGUGGUCUGCUCACCUAGCAAAGGAAAGCCACAGCGGAACUCGUCUCCAAACGUGCCCCCGCUAAAUCCUUGCGACCCACCCAAAGAGGAACCCUGAGAGGCAGAAUGGAGGUGACGUGCCCUGGGCAUGCCUUAAAGUCCCCUGCUCCUGUGGGCACUGCAUGUGAUGGCAAAGAGCCUGCUUUAUCUUGCAGAUCAUCAUGGCGGGGAAAAUGCCCUCUGUGUCUGAGUAUAGUUUUAGGAUUGAGUUUGUGGUAGAGGUGCUCAACGAAUUUGGGCCCUAGUUACCUGUUUUGUUUUGUUUUUUAAUUUUUAUGAUUGUGAAUCAGUAAGUGAGUAACAUUUCAACCCUGUAAACUCUGUCAAAUGGCUAUCAUUCCUGUUGAGGAGACUUUCCUAAACUCCCUGCAGUUUCAUCCUAAACGUAUUAACUUUUCCUGGUGCAGUAAUUGAUAUAAAUUGAUAUGUGGUUGUUAAUGCUUUGGGGAAAUGGUAUACUACAAUUUAAACAUGUAAAGUGCUUAUUAACAAUUCUACAUAUUAUCAGUCAUAACAUGUAUCUAGGAUUUGUGAAUGGGUUUCAUGCCAUUUUCAUGCAGCGUGUAUUGUUACAUAUAGUCAAUAUUAGAUAAGCUGCAGGGCCCCCACUCCUAUGGUAUCAGCAAUUCAGAAUAAGCUUGAUAUAAUCAAUACAUAAUGCACCUCAGCAUAAGAGUUGGACACCUCAUUCAAUAACCACUUCUGCUGAUUUCAGGAAGAAAAUUAUCUUCAGAGCUGCCUCUCAUUUGUGCAUUCAGAGUUAGCUGAAACCAGAAGGUAUUGGAGAGGCAGUGUAUAGAAGAUGGGGGGAGACUGCUUGACAUCACCCCGCGGCUUGGGGUGGUCUGUUGUAGCCUCCCAUGAUUAGACAAUAGUGUGUUUUCUUUAUCAGAAGUUAAGUUGUGUUUGGGGCAAGAAUAGAAAAUAACACAUAUCAAACAUAGUUUUAAAAAUAAAAAUAUCUAGCCUAGAUCUAGUUUGACAGUACAUCAGACAAACCUUAGUGUUUUUCUGUUCUCACAUGAUAUAAAAAACAUGGAAGAUUUCAACUCUCCUGGAAUCACCAAGUCUUCUAAGGAAAAAAAUAGAGAGUCUGGAUAACUAGUAAUCCCUAGUCUUUACACCCAAAACCCUGUUGAAGAUAUGUAAUGUGUUAAAUUAAAAUUUCUUUGUGGUCUGCACAUUUUCAUAUUGGUAAGAUAAGGGAGAAAUUAUUUUUAAGAAAGCAUUGUUUUAAAAUCCAGAUUUAGAGGCCUGAAAAUAUUUGAGUUGUUAGGGUUUUUUGGUUUGAAUGUCUCAUGGGAUUGAGUAUUCCACAUUCACCCAAUACCGUUGUUACAAAUAGACUGAGUCUUUCAAAGGUGACACACAUUGUAAAAUACUUUGAAUGUUGACAGGGCUUUGAGUCACUAUAGUUUUUUCUUAGUAAAAUUUGUUUUGAAUGGGGAUAAAAAAAAAUCACUGAGCUGAAGUUUAACCCAGAAAAAUGUUCCUAUUAGAGAAAAGUCAGAGAAAGUUUAUAAUAGUGGUUAGAAAACAUUGCUUAGAAAGAGAUUUAUGAUGACAUUUUUUAAAACCUAUUUUUCUAUUUUCCAAAUAUUUAUGGUAUAUUUUUAUUGGCACUUCUGCAAAUGAUUUUGCCGUUUGAAAAUGAUAAUUAGAUUAUAAGUGAGGUUCUUGAAGCCAAAUACAUAAAGGUCACUGUAAUUGGAGCAGGGCCCCCCUCUUACUCUUCAUUGGCUGCUCUUAACCCAGCUCCGUCAUACAAGACGGACUCAGUGCAGGUAUGUGCCACUUAACAUUCACAAUACUUUCUGUGAAAUAAUGUUACAUACAAGCAGUCCCUGUAAAAUCCAUAGUUAAGUUCCCUGAAAGCAUAUAAAUAUGAAGGGGCUUCAAAACUUGAAAGAUCAUGGACUUUUUCCACAGACUUUUUGAAACCACUGGUAUUAAAACGUAAUGGGGUGCCCACCACGCACAGCCCCAGGGCUGUACCCACUGGAUAGAGGCUGGCUUUGCCAGAUUGGGGGCAGGACUGGACUGGGGCUCUGCCUAUAGCCAGACAGGGACUUUGUGCAUGUCUGGACACCACUUAGGGGUGGAGAAGUGAGCGGAGGGACGAGGCAUAUAGGUGUCAGGAACAUAGCUGCAGUUGGAGGGCCGGCCCCUUGCCCCCUUGUUACUGACUCCUUCCUAAUCUUGUAUGGCGGCCGGUGCCACACACAGCCCCCACGGGUGGAGGAUCCAUGGCAGCAGUCACUACCCGGCCCUGGGACUGAGGCCGCACAGCUUCUUGCUGGCUCCGUGAAGCCGGGAGGGGUUGGAUGCACUCUGAGGCCCCACUGCUUCUUCUCUGAGGGUGGGGAGGUGGGAGGUCAUCUGCAAAACCAUUGGAAGGAAAUAAUAGAAAGAAAGUUGCUUUCCCUUUAAAGCAAAUACCUUAUGGGACCAUGGAUGUAUAUCCUGAACAGACAUUAAGCAGUACAUACCUGUAUUUAGAAUGAGAUAUAACUAUAUUAUAAAAACAAAAAUUAGAGACAUUUUGAAAGGCUUGAAAAUCAUACUUUAAAAAUAAAAUAAAUCAUACUUUUACAAAUCACUUUAACAGCCAUUAGAUACCAUCUUGAUCCAUGUAGUAGUAAAUAUGGAGGCAACCACUAUUUUAAUUGAAUCAUUUAUUUGGAAGUCAGUGGAUUAAUUUUCUUCUAUGUGGUAGCCAUCAUCAGAUCUUAUUAUGGAAAUAUUUGUGAUAAAGAUUGCCUCCAUAGCUGCCCAACUGAUUGGAUUUGAAAACAUACAUCUUCCUUGGUUUUUAGAUAUUAAAGUCAAAUUGUAAAUCACUCAGACUUGGAAAACCUCCAGAUGUGCAAUGCUUUCUUUUCCCGAUAAUAUCGCAGAGGGAGAAACGAAUGGCGUUUUAAAGCUCUGCCUGUGUGAUCUGAUGGGGAAGAGUCUGGGAAAUGCAGCGCCCGAUCAGGAGAGCCACUUCCUGGGAGGUGAGCUGGUGACCGAGUGCGGAGGGACCUGAAGGGCAGCAGAGGCAGAGAGAGCCCUGGGCCAUCCGCUGGCCCGGGGACAGCUGCCUCCCCUGAUAGUGUGUCUGGUGGUGCCCGUACACACACAACUAAAACGCAUCAUUAUUUGUCAUCCAAAAAGGUCUUAAAGGAUCACGCAGUCCAAGCAAACUACCAUUAGGAAUCUAUCCGAACACGGUUCUUUGGGAAUGUCUUUUUUUUUUUUUUUUUGCACAAACACUGAGCCACUUGGCACAUCAGUUGCUAGAAGGAAAAGGUAAAGUUUCCAACGGGCCUUCAGUCUAAAUGUUCACAUUCUGACAGUGAUGAAUCCGUUUCAAAAACCAGAGGUAAUUUUAGACUUUCCGAGUCCCGUGCCUUGACCGCUGUGCAAGCUCAUGCUGACAGGAGCGUUCCAUGUUGGUUGCAGUGCUAUGACGUGUUCGGCUUCCAGUAGUAGGAGAGCCCGCAUGGGCUCCUGUGACAGGCACACAUUUUCUGUACUGGUCUUCUGUUUGGGCAAUUCAGAAAUUAUGCUUGCUCAUAGACCAAACUCUUAGAUGGUACGGCAUGCAAAUAUAAUCACAUACUAUAGUUGAAAUUGUUUUGCCACUACUCCAUGUUAGCCUAGGUACUGUACAUACUAAUUAUAAUAGCUGAGAUGUUGUCAAACACGAAGGCUAAAAUAUGAAUAGUAGAUUAAAUAUGCCUAUAUAAAGCUUUUUAAAGGCUGCUCUGGAAAGAGGGCAGCAUGCCUAAUAUCCUUGUAGUGGUGUCUUUUCAUCAUAAGGUAAUAUAUGCACAGUAUAUUUUAAAUGGUCAUGUGGGUGGUCUUUGUAGCCACACUCCUCAUAUUGCAAAGCUGGUAACAUUCUAUAUGUAAUUCAGCAAGAUAUUCUGCCUUGACAAACGUUUUAUGUUUACCAUAGUAUGUAACAAAGGAAAUUCUCUGCCAAUAUUCACUGACCAAAUCCACCCAACAAAAGAUAUUUGAUUGUUAUCUGGGGGAUCAGCUUCCUUUUAUGUGUUUGUUUGGUCCUCUGGAAACUGUGGGUAAUCAUGCAAAUGUUUAUGAAAUUUUUUUAUUGAAGUGACUCCCAUUAGGAUCUUGACCUAAUACUUGGAGAAUGAACUUCAUAUGUAUUUGUAUAGUUCUUUGUUUUGACUGUAAGAUGGUAAAUCCAUAAAUUGUUGUUUUAUAUGAAAACUAAUUUUUAAUGUAAAGUGUUUGUAAUAAUGUAAAAGUGACUCUUAUACAUGUUCAAUAAAAAUCAUAUGUAGACAUUC